CGUCCAUAACUAGAGUCUUGUUUUUAUUAUAUUUCUAUUCUCCUUACUCUGAGCGUUUUGUGGUAGGUUGCUAUUUAAUAGGUUAUUCUGCUUUUUUCUGGGGUACCUCUUUCGUGAUUCUUUGUUUAUUUUUCAACAGUUUGUGGGAGCUUUUUGUUUUUAGAUUGAGGCAGGUGUUUAAGGGGAUAUUUAAUGUUUUGGCUUUAUUGUUCACAACAAAGAUACCUCUGGCUCGUUGGAUGGAAAGCGUUGAUUAUUUUUUUGAGUCUAGCCCAAAUGGCGCUGGUAUUAUAAUGUUUUGUGUCUUACUCUGGGCUUGGCUAUUCAGCCAUGGCAUUGUUUGGACUAAGCACUGGCAUAUCUUCUGGGUUUCUUUUUUUGUUGAUUUGGAAGACGAAAUUUUUUAUAUUUUGGCUGGUCCUUUAAUACGUCGUGUUGGUUCUAUUAUUAAAAAUUGUGUGUUGUUGAGGGUAUUUUUAGCGUACUUGUUAAUGAGAAGGUUAGUUCCUAUUGUAUUAUUUGGUUUGGGUUUUAUACGACGGUUGAACGUUUUUAGGAUUAUUCAGAGGUUUUAUUACUCCUACUUUACUGUGUUGUGUUUAAGUUUAUUACUUGUUUCUCAAUUGUCCUUUGUUUCAAGUUAUACAAAUAUAUAUGUUGCUAUACCAUUAGGCCUCGGUGACUGGUUUUAUCAAGAUAUUGAAGCUUUCUAUUCCAAAGGGUCUUCCCCUCGUGUGUUUUCUUUUGUAAUAAUGCCUUUUAUUUUUAUAUGUGAGUGUAACAGUCAAAUAAUACGACCUUUGACAUUAAUAUUAAGUUUAUUGGUAAAACUUUCUUUUGCUUAUUUGGUAACUCAAACUUUGGCUAGUCAAUUUAUAGAGGGUUUGUUAGUUUGGGAUAUUUGA